AUGGCCCUCGCGGGCUUUGAGGACUUUGACAUGGACGACCUGCAGCAGCCAGAGGAGGAGCAGCCACCACCACUGCAACAGGCGGCGCUACUGCCUGCAGCACCCUCCCUGCCGCCAUCGCUCGCGCCAAAGCCGCCAGCGCCCUCGCUGGCGCCGUCCCUGGCACCAUCCUUGAUGCCGAGCCUUGCUCCCAGCCUCGCGCCCAGCCUCGCGCCCAGCCUUGCUCCCAGCCUCGCGCCCAGCCUGGCGCCCAGCCUGGCACCCAGCCUGGCGCCCUCCCUCGCACGGCCAGCAGCAGGCGGCGGUCCGGCGGCGGCCGGCGCAGCGGCCGCUGCGGCCGCUGCGCCGGCUGGCGGCGGCGGCUACAGCUGGCUGGAGGCGGCCACGGCUGCGGCGGAGCCGGAUGACGAGGCGGGUGACGGCUGGGCUGACCUGGACGAGGCGCUGGGCCUGGAUGACGACGGCGAGGGCGGGGCGGGCGGCGGCAGCCAGCACGGCGGCGGCCGUGAGGAGGAGGGGCGGCGGGGUGGUGGCGGCUCGCGGCGGGCGCGGCGGGGGGGCGGCGAGGGCGACGUUGACUCUGACGACCUGGGGCUGGAUGACGCGGGGGCUGACGAGGACGGCGGCGGCGCGGGGCAGACCCCUGAGCCAGAGAAGGACCGCUUGGAUGACAUGCAGGUGGUGGACGAGGAGCACACCGCCACAGUCCGCCAAGUUAUGGCAUCGAUGGAUGAUGCGCAGUACGAGCGGUUUGUGGCCUUCAACAACGCGCGCCUCAACAGCAGAUCAAUGAAAAAGCUGGUGUCAACCCUGACGCGCUCCGACAAGGUGGACCCCCUGCUGCUGCUGGCCCUGGGCUCCAUCACCAAGGCCUUCCUGGGGGAGCUGGUGGAGCAGGGCUCGGCGUAA